AUGGGCGGAGUUGGCGGAACAGUACUCCACGCGGCCGUUGUGCACGGCAACGAGGCCAUCGUCAAACUACUGAUCGAAAAGGGAGGAGACCUAAAUGCGCUGACGCAACAGCGCAAGGACACGCUUCAUCUGGCCGUAGAGAGUAACCAGAUGAACAUCGUCCGCCUCGUGCUCAAGGCGGGUGCCAAUGUGAACAGUGUAGAUGGGUGCGGGCACUCGGCUCUCUUCAAGGCCAUUUUAGGCGGGAACGAGGACCUGAAGAAGAAGAAACUUGCUGCGUCUAUCGGGGAUGUGACCCAUGCUUCUUAA